CUAUCGAGAGACAACUGGAGAGCUGCACCUUCUUUCUGAGAGCAGAGCCUUUUGGUUUGUUCAGCGUGCUGUAUUUUAUUAUUUUGAUUCAGACUGUGCUGUUUAUUUUCUUAAAACGAAACAGCCAAAGACUUUAAAGAAAAGGAAAACCCGCCGUGACUCCUCUUGGUUGUCUCCCCUUAUUCGUCCAAUGAAAGAGGCGGGAGAGGUAGCCGCUAUUUUUAGCCGCGCCGUUCCCCUCGGGGAUGAAUGAAGGAACACCUGAGUGCACCGGGCGGUGCGGUAGUCUGGAGCGGCGUGGCUAGCCAGCCAGCCAGCGGACUCGGAUAAAGAGAGAGAGAGACAGAGACAGAGGGAUAGACACAUAGAGAAGAUCGUCCAUCUUGCACGUUUGAAGCACGGACGGUGAAUUUAAAGAGAAGAGGACGGCUACCCAUUACUGACACCGGGUCUUUUAAAACCUUCGCGAAAAUCGUAAGCGGAUAGCAGAACGUUGAGCCCGAACGGGAGGGGACACAGAGAUAAGGGGCGACGACCUCGACAUGCAACGGACCGCCUUGCUGACCCUUGUGCUUUCGGAUUACAGUCUCGGGACUCGGACAGAAGCCAGGUUUGGAGAGCGCUUGUAUGUCCGGCUUUAUCCGCUUCACGGGCGCCUUCUUUAAACGCCUUAAUCGCCCACUUCGCCUUUUUUUGUAUACUCCGCGCGGAUGAACAACAAAUACCAAAAACGGUUCUUAUUAUUAAUGUUUGCAGGAAACUGAACAAUUUAUUUUUUAAUUUUAAAAAUAUAUUUAUAUAUAACGAAACCUUGGGGAGUCUGGAAACACUCAACCGCCGACGGGUCGGUGAAAUCUCUUUAGCCAGUCCAUCAACGACUGCCUUUUGGGACAGAAAAUGAAACUGCUUCUCUGACAGUACCUGUCAUUUUGAUUGAAGAAUCCAAGCAGUGUCAUUAAUUCGAAAAGGAAGGACACUGAACCCCAGACCGGGAAAGAUCGGUUAAUAAGAAUAGUGUGUAAAACCUGUAUAGCAAACGCCGCUGUAUUUGAAUACAUUCGAUUGAAUUUCUGAAGAGAGGAGUUACAUUUUGAAGCUUUGAUUGUUAUUUUGGUAAUCUGACAAAGCGCUUUAAUGUGAAUGGCGCUAUACAACCAGAAGACUGGUGAAGAGGUCUUUCACAUCUGUGUGAUUUAUGGAGUCAAAAGCCUAAGAAAAAUAAAAGUGCUGACACCAUCUACCCUAAGAAGAUCCUUCAUGCGCCCCACUUUUUAAACACUACGAAAGAGAGAAAAGGAGCAAAUUUCAGGAGGUAUCAGAAAGACGCUCCCCUACAUAUGAAAAAUUAAACUCGUAAAACGUAUUUGAUUUGGUACAUUUCUCAAUCUGGAAAAUUCCCCCAAAAAAACAUUCAUCUUUUAAUUACGCACCACGAAAUAAAACAAUCCUUUUAAGAAGCGCAUUUGUGUUGCACUAUACAAGUGCACGAAGGUAAAACACAGCGCCCCAUCCUUUUCCGACUGGAAUUUGAAUCUUAUGAGGCGCAGGCCGUCAGUCACGACGCGGCUUGUGUGGGCGAUUCUUGCCUCCCGAUUUUAUUCUGGAGUCUUACGUGGAUUGCUAUCAUUAUGUUAUAAUCCGCUAAUCACCGGGAUUCGUCUCUGCUGUUGUGUUGUUUUGUUAUUUGCAGCGUGGCAGGCCUGAACUGGUAUUUUCAUAUUUUGGAUUUAAAUCGCAUCUUUGCUGGCAGCAGAUUGACGGCGGCGGCGUCGCCGAAGUGCAGCAUUGACAUUUGCUGCCGUUCACGUUGGUGUCGUCCCUGGGCGCCUUCUUUCACUUCGUAUUGUCCGUGGUAUCUGCUGUUUUUGCACGGAAUUUUUACAAUGACUGCACAGGUAAACUCCAGACGAUCGUCCAAGAAUUUAUUGCCCUUGCCUUGAAAGUCCAACCUCUGCCACUUGCAUUUUUUUAAUUCUAGUAACUGGCGCUUGUUUAAUGCUUGUGUCUCAUAAUUUUACCAUGUGAGAAAACAUAAGCGAACAAAAGAAAUAGAAAUCAUCUUUACCGUGAAGCUCUACCCGGCACGGAAGCAGAAGGAAGGAAGGAGGGCUAUGAACUGGAGGAGACGACGACGAUGAUGAUGAUGCUGGAUACUCAGAACUCAACCCAGGAGAUUGGGGAAGAGGUAGAGGAUGGAGCCAUUUACACCAUCACCCUGAGGAAAGUGCAGCUUCACCAGGCCGCCAGCAAGGGCCAGCGCUGGCUGGGGGUGGAAACCGAAGCAGCACUCAAUCUGUACGAAACAUGCAAAGUACGCACCAUCAAAGCAGGCACACUGGAGAAGCUAGUGGAGUAUCUGGUGUCCGCAUUCAAAGGCAAUGACUCCACCUAUGUGACCAUAUUCCUGUGCACUUACCGGUCCUUUGCCACCACUAAGCAAGUCCUGGAUCUCCUGCUCAACAAGUAUGCCAAGCUCCAUUCCAGUGGAGAGGGCUCCAGACCGACUGGAGAUGACCGGACCGAACUGAAAAACACUGUGUCCUCUAUCCUGGGUGCUUGGCUAGACCAGUAUUCAGAAGAUUUUUGGACGCCACCGGAGUAUACCUGUCUGAAGCGACUUAUCUCCUACCUGCACCUUAACUUUCUGGGCUCAGAUUUGGAAAGGAGAGCAUGCAACCUUCUCGCCCAGUUCCAUCAAAGGCAGCUUCGUGAUCCUGACUCGGAAGUGGUCGACCAUAAUACCUGCACUUUUACCUUGCUGGAGGAGAAUGGCUUCUACGAGGAGAGGCCUGACUUUUUAUCCUUCCCGCCUGUGGUGGUAGCUGAACAGUUCACGCUUAUGGAUGCGGAGCUGUUUAAAAAGGUGGUGCCUUACCACUGCCUGGGCAGCAUCUGGUCUCAAAGGGACAAGAAGGGCAAGGAACACCUGGCACCGACCAUCCGUGCCACAGUCACCCAGUUCAACAGCAUCACCAACUGUGUCAUUGCCACCUGCUUGAGCGACAAAGCCCUGAAGCCUACUCACCGAGCCAGGAUUGUGGAGCGAUGGAUUGAGGUGGCCAGGGAAUGCCGUAUCCUGAAAAACUUCUCCUCUUUGCGUGCAAUCCUCUCGGCGCUGCAGUGCAAUUCCAUCCACAGGCUGAAGAAGACGUGGGAUGAAGUAUCAAGAGAGAAUUUCAGAAUAUUCCAUGAGCUUUCGGAGAUUUUCUCUGAUGAGAACAACCACUCCUUGAGCAGAGAGCUCCUCAUUAAGGAGGGGACAUCCAAAUUUGCCACCCUGGAGAUCAAUCCAAAAAGAGCACAGAAGCGGCAGCAGCAGCAAAGGGAGAUGGGUGUGAUGCAAGGAACCAUUCCUUAUUUGGGCACUUUCCUCACUGACCUAGUUAUGAUGGACACAGCCAUGAAGGACAACCUGGAGGGUGGACUGAUAAACUUUGAGAAGAGAAGAAAGGAGUUUGAAGUGAUUGCUCAAAUCAAGCUGCUUCAGUCGGCCUGCAACAACUACAACUUCACUCAGAAUUCCCAGUUUGUGGACUGGUUUUUGGGGGUGGAUCGCCUCAGUGAGGCAGAAAGUUACAGCCAGUCAUGUGAGAUUGAGCCUCUGUCAGAGUCGGCCAGCAACACUCUGAAAACCAAGAAGAAUACAGGAAUUAUAAAGCGCUGGAGCGAUCGGCAGCCGGCCACCAGCGACCCCUCCUGUAGCAGUGCAGGCAGCUCCCACUCCAAGUCCUUUGAUCAGCUGCGCUAUGGUCCCUACUUGGGAGGUGGAGGGGGGAGCGGAGACGGGGCAGACUCGGUCAGUGUGACCUCUGCUGGCUCCAGCAGUUCUGAUGUGGAGGAGAUCAACAUCAGCUUCAUUUCAGAUUCCCCAGAUUCUCAUGAAAAGAAGAGCUCCACGCCUACCGUAAAACAUUCCCAUUCAGCCCUAGGCAAGGGGUCCAACCUUCCAGAGCAUUGCCUGACGUUCUGGGAGUCCACGUCGCUAUCAUCUCUGGACACCUCUGGUAUUGGUUCUACCUCUGGCUCAGGCUCCAGCAGCGCCUCCUCCUCCUCAGUGUCCUCCACUCCUGUCACAGCAUCCCGGUCACAUAAGCGCUCUGUCUCGGGCAUCUCCAGCUACUCAUCACUUUCACUGCCUCUUUACAACCAGCAGGUGGACGACUGCUGCAUCAUCCGCGUCAGUCUGGACGUCGACAAUGGCAAUAUGUACAAAAGCAUCCUGGUGACAAGCCAGGAUAAAACACCAGUUGUAAUACGGAAAGCUAUGGUGAAACACAAUCUGGACAGGGAGAGGCCAGAGGACUACGAGCUGGUGCAGGUCAUCUCUGAGGAGAAAGAGCUGAAGAUUCCAGACAAUGCCAACGUCUUCUACGCCAUGAACUCGUCUGCCAACUAUGACUUUGUCCUUAAGAAGCGGGGCUUUUCCAAGGGGAGCCGGGCAAAGCACGUGGCAAGCUCCACCCUCCCCCGCAUGAAGCAGAAGGGCCUCAAGAUUGCCAAGGGCAUCUUCUAGACUUUCUGCUGGUGCAGUGGGGUGGGGGGGAUGCAGGGGGCAGAAGGCCCAGCCUCAUGGCUCAGAAAAAUGAGCAAAACCUAAAGCACAGUGUGCUGUGAGCAUUGCCAAGGGCAUAAGGUAUGGACACUAGGAACUGUGCAGUAGGAUGGAGUGGUGCUUCAGAUCAGCCGUGCCCAGAGCUAUGGAAGGCACAGCCACUGUGUGCCCAUGAGGUGAAACACAAAAAUCAGAAACGCUUUCUGUGGGCAAGGAACGGUUUGCCAACUUUCCGGUUGGCGAUUUCACAGAAAGACCGCAGGUCCCAGUUUGUCGAGGAUCGGUCACGGAUUAUCAAAGGCAUGUGGUUACCAAGUGGCAUUUUCAUGGGAUGGACACGGGACGGGUGGUUAGUUCUCUCCUCUCACUUUUCUGCUGCCACCCUGUUGAGGACUCGGCGUAACACUAAAUUUGAACUGAGAUUAAGAAAAGCACCUUUUCUGCAGAUUGAGCUGCUGCUUUGAGCAACUGACUUAGCAGACCUGACAAACACUUGAUGUCACAUUUGUGAGGUGUUUGCUUCUGUCCACUACAGAACUAGAAGGGGAGCCGCGGUGGGUUAUUGAGUUCACCCUGCCCCCUGUUAAGGACAAUGACACUGAUGACAUGUGUCUGCCCUGACUACAAAGGACAGUAAGGUGGGUAGCGCUGGCACGAGGACUUGAAUCACUUUACACAGUAUUAGGUGGGACCCUGCUUUGGAUAAGCCAGCGGUUGCCCUCCUUGAGAUGGAACUUGGUGGACAUUGGCAUGUGCGUGUGUGUGUGUGUGUGUGUGGGGGGGGGGGAGUGUUGAGGGUUGGGGUCGCUAACUUCUGAGUGCAGAGUGCCUUCAAGGCACGUGCGGUGCCUACAUGUGACCUUUUCUAACUUUGUAUUGCUGUCACUCUGGGUUUCUAAGGUAUGUGCCAAAGACUAAGGGGUAGGGCUAGGAGCAGGGCAUGAUGGGGGCAGUCUCUUACAUCGCAGUGAAUGCCUUUACUGACCAAUACACUGUCUCCUCAUCCAAGAGUCGUUACCAUUUCUCACUUCCAUUUUCUUUUAAUAUAAACAGUCACCUUGACACAAUUUGAGCUGGGGUGCGAUGGACAGUAGGAGGGUCCACUCGUGUUAUAAUUGGGGUCAGUAGCACUUAACUUGGCAGUCUUCCUGCCAGGGAUUAUUUUUUACAUGUCCACCCUCUUAAUGGAUGACCCACCCUACCAAGCUGGUCGGUGCGCCCCACUUAACAAGAAACUAGCAGCACGGCUUUGUUUUUAAUUUUUGUGCCACAAAACAUUGCAAACGCUGGAAGAGUCUGUUACAUGCUGGCCGGCAUUCCUGUGAAUGCGAGGGGUCAGGUGGGGUGAGGAGAUGGAGGUGGGCUGAAAUAAAAUGACACUGUGUGAGUGGCAAUUUACCUGGAUAUUCUCGUUUUGUAUUUUACUCCAUUUCUUCUUGUUUACUAAAGACUCGUGUUUCUCCUUCUUGACGCCGAAUCUCUCUGCAUUUCCACGAGGUGGCCUUAUGAGCUCAGCAGGGUGAUGGGAAUUGGGGCCACAGAAUCGCCAAGCCAUCCCCUCACAUUGUCACUCCCUCCUGACCCCAUGAGCCUCCGUUGAAAACAAUCGCCAAAGAAAAGGGGGGGGGGCGAGCCUUAGGAUGAGUUGGGGGUGGUCUUCUACAGAAAAGCCCCAAAGCGUUGGAUGGUUGCAGUCGCCAUUUAGACUCCUCAGUCUCGUGCCACAUGUGGCUCUUUUUACUUGAAAAACGUCUACUUUUUUUUUUCCCAUUUUUUCUAAAGAAAUGGAGUUGUGGGUAAAAAAUACCCGCAGUACCCUCUUCCUGGUGUUCAUUAUUUAUUGAUUUGUAUAUAGUGUAUGUGUAGCAUUGUACAUUUUUUUCCUAUGUAAUUAUAAAUUAAUAUAUAUAUAUAUAUAUAUAAUGUUUAUAACACAAUCAUUGUUUAUUACAUUACAUUUUGGUUGAAAUGCCUCUGUUUUCCUUGUCAAACUUGUAAAGUCAUUUUUUGUAUUUUAGAGCCAUUGUGUGUCUCUAACAAUAAGGCACUGUGUAUUAUAUUGGCCAAAAACCAACAUGUACAAUAAAGAAAACAGUGUGCUGUACGUGA